AAAGCGAGCAGUUCCAUCUGGGCCGUGUUACAGAGCGGAUGUUUCCACAUUAUCCUGGAAAAUAAGAACUGAGUGGAAUAUUCUUGGAGUGAAGUUACAUUGAAAUCUUUUGCGUGCAAAGUAGUUAGACUUAAGAAAUUUGUAUUGCCAUAGUGACAACACAAGUGAUCAUAAUGUUGAAAUCCACAUUCGUUAUCCUGCUCAUUCUGGGAUCAUGUUUCGCAGAUAUCGCAACGUGGAAUUCCGACCGCACAGAGUUCAACUUGAAUAAUAAGUAUGACCAUUUAGAUAAAAUAAAGGGGCAACAUUAUUCACAGCAUGAGGCUUCUGUGCACGCGGCUCGCAAGGGAGCAGCCGAGCGACUUGCGAGGAUCAGUGCUGGUUCCGGUGGAACGCAAUGUGGAACCGCCUGUUACAGUAGUUCGGGAUUUUCCGACAACAGUGAUACUGAAACGCUUGGUCAGGGAAUCGUAGGUUUUACAAGCGGUUCAACUGGCUCAGGAUCAAGUAGUGCGAAGUACCAAUCCAGUAGCUCCAAUUAUGAAGCGGCGGCUGCGGCCUAUCCUGUAGCGGAGAGUUCCAAGUCCAGCUAUGUCCGUUCCUCGCAAAGACAAAGUUCGUCACGUGUGGGUUCCGGUUCGAAUUAUAUCGCCGCCACGGAUGGACUGAAGACCAGAUCGGGCUACGGAAGCGAUAGCGACGCGACUGUUGUGCAAUCGAUUGUCGUAUCAGCCUAUCCGAUCGGACAAGAAUCGGUUCACAGCAGCUAUGUUGGCGCAAACAGAGAUGCUUCUUCGGGAAUUUAUGCGGUGCCAGUGGAUUCCACUGGUUCAUACAGAACUAGAACUAGCUACACAUCUGCUUCAGGAAGGGAUUCAUCUUCUUUGGUUCAACCUUCGGUACCGGUAUACACUGCUGGAGAUCACUCAUCAAAAUUCGUCGCCAGUGGACAGGAUAGCCACCAACGCUACACUCCAUCCAACACGUAUGUGGUUUAUCGCAAACCCGUUCCCGUGUACGCACCAGUGAGUUCUGACGCGGUUGUCUACACCCCGGUGAAAGUAGUCUAUCCCGCGCGUACUUCUACCCAGUAUUCAGAAGCUGAAGAGCAGCAGCAGCAGCAGUCAUUCUCCACGGUUGCUGUUCCACAACCACAACCCGUUUAUAGCACCAGCGCAUCCAAUCGUGCUGCACUGAGUUCCUCCAACUACCGCUCGUCAGCUGGAUACCGACCGGUCUACCAACCAAUUUACAGCAACCAUCUGGGUUCGGACCGAGCGGAGGAAUCCCAGCUUCGAUUGACGGAAAGUGUAGCACCUGUAGCCGUUGUCCCAGCACCAAUCAUCGGUUCCUCGUCUUCAUCAAACCGACACGAAGAACGCCAUGAGGACUAUUCCCGUAAGGGCAGUGUUUAUGUACCGGUUUCAGUGAACACUGGUGCCGCAAAAUAUUCCGCACACGAUCAACAUCAGAUCCAUUCUGGAUCUUCAUACGGACCAAUCGCUCCCGUUGGUGGAUCAACGUCCGAAUCAUCUUCAAAAUAUGCCGGCCAUGAGCAACAAAAGAGCACGAGUUCGUACAUCCCAGUGGUCGUUCAACCUGCAGGAACAUCCAGCUCUUCAUCUUCGCAGUAUUCGGCUCAAGAACAACAUCAACGACAUCAAAAACUGGCCGGCGACUCAUACUAUCCAGUCAGUAACGCAGGCUACACCGGCUCUCGAUAUUCGGCUCAUGAUGCACAGAGUGCCUACCGUCAGCAGCAGGCCGUUAAGGGUGGUAACUAUGGUCCAUACCCAAUCACCGAUGACGCGUUGGGAAGACGUUUCGGGGCUACCGGCGCGGAACUUGGUGCCGGAGCUGAUUUGGGGGGAUUGAUGAGCGAAGCGGAACGGUUGGCUAAGUUGCAAGCGAAAAAUGCGUACAACGGUGCAGUGUCCGGCAGUUCUGCGAUAGACACGGAAAAUCGGUUCAGCGGUAGCAGUGACAGCGCAAACAACGAUAACACCCUUGGAGGUGGCUUCCAGCGAACUAAAUCUUGGUCGAGUAGUUCGAAGUGGGCUUCGGGACAAAAGUACGGAGAUGACGGAAAGAUCAAGUCGUACAGCUCGCUGUCGACGGCGGAGAGCGAACAGCAUAAUAUCAAUGGGAAGAAGACUGGGUACAAGGCCGCUACCUCCACCCUGGAAGACGACGGAAAGGUCAGCACGUACAGUUUGCAUACACCGUAAAAGUUCUGCCGUUUGCUGUUGAUUAGUUAGAAAUAGUAAUAUUGUUCAUAAGAUUUUUCGACUGAAUCAAUUAUAUUUCAUU